AGGAUUCGGAUGCAGCUGGAGCACUCCUCACCUGUGCCCUUCAGCGCAGGCUCUGGAGGCACGACCCGGCCCUUCCCUCCCAGACCCCUGCAACUGUUGCUCUCGUUCUCUAACACUCGGGUUCCCAACCUCGGGGCUCUGCUUUGCAAACACCUGGGGAACUUUUUCAAUGCUCUUGAUGGGACCCUUCCAACCCAGAAAUUCUGAUUUAAUUAUCCAGGGUGCAGCCUGGGCAUUGGAAAUUUUAAUCCUAUGAGAAAUCCUGGCACGCACGUCCAGUCUCCACGACGGCAUUUCCAGCUUCUUAAAUCUGCCCGCCGGGGACGGCAAGAAAACAGCGCGGGCCCACGUGGCGAGCUGGCGACCCCACCCCCGGCGCAGGGGCGGCCGUAGUCGUCCCGCCCCUGGACUCGGCUCCAACCGGCGCCCAGAAUAAACACCGGAACCUCGCCGAGCUGCGAGCCAGGGACGCGGGUGCCGGGGCGGACUAGGCCGGCUUCUCGGCGGGCAGCUGCGACAGCGUUUCCGGGGUGUCAGCCAGAACAUGUCUUCCCACUGGUGGUCAGCAAAGAAAUUGCUCAUUUUCUUAGCAAAGUCGCUGCUUGCUCUCCUAGAGGCUGCGAUUUUUGCCCUACUCCCAAAGCCACGGAAGAGUGUUGUUGGUGAAGUAGUGCUGAUCACAGGCGCCGGCCGUGGCCUCGGAAGGCUCUUAGCCUUGCAGUUUGCCCGCCUGGGAUCAGUGCUUGUCCUCUGGGAUGUCAAUAAGGAAGGGAAUGAGGAGACGAGCAAGAUGGCUCGGGAAGCUGGAGCCACAAGAGUGCACGCCUAUACCUGUGACUGCAGUCAAAGGGAAGAAGUAUACAGAGUUGCCGAUCAGGUUAAAAAAGAAAUUGGUGAUAUUUCCAUCCUAAUCAACAAUGCUGGAAUCGUAACAGGCAAAAAGUUCCUUGACUGCCCAGAUGAGCUUAUGGAAAAGUCAUUUGAUGUGAAUUUCAAAGCACAUUUAUGGACUUAUAAAGCCUUUCUCCCUGCUAUGAUUGCUAAUGACCAUGGACAUUUAGUUUGCAUUUCAAGUUCAGCUGGAUUAGUUGGAGUAAAUGGGCUGGCAGAUUAUUGUGCAAGUAAAUUUGCAGCCUUUGGAUUUGCUGAAUCUGUAUUUAUAGAAACAUUUGCUCAAAAACAAAAGGGGAUCAAAACCACUAUUGUGUGCCCGUUUUUUAUAAAUACUGGAAUGUUUGAAGGUUGUACUACUGGCUUCUUGCCUGUCAAGAUGGGACUGCUCUUAGCUGACUAUCUGGGUGUCUUUCUUGCAAUGGAUGGCUUCAAGGGCCAAAAGAAGAAACAAUAAAGACCAACUCUAAGGCUGACGUCAUCUGAUACCCCACGUUACACAAUGCCUAUUUCAAUGAAGAAAAGUAUUUUUGUCCAACAGUAGAACAUAUCUGGAGUCCACAAGUACCAUUCUUAUUCUGUUAUCUGGACUAGAAUUUUCAACCCGUACUUUUAAAAAUAAUGUUGCUAUCACCUUUUAUGUUGAGUUUUGUUUUUUGUUGUUUUUUCCCCCCCCCAAAAUUGAAGACCCAUUGUUGUCAUUUCCAUUA